CCCCCAAGGCCCCAGCGGACACGCCAGCUUUACAGUACCUCGCUCGGCACGCCCAUCGAAACCCGCUUGCUCGCCUCCGCUGUCUGCUCUAUCCACCACCCCCGCCCACAUCACCAGAGCACCCGAGGCUUGUCUUCCUUCCUCUCACAUCCGUACAUAGAAAAAAAAAGAAGAAAUAGGGAUACCGGAGCCGAACUCCGGCGGACCAUCUGGUAUUCUGGUCUGGCACUCUGGCGUGAGAAAAGGAAACUGAAUUGAAGCACAGAUCGAUCGAGAGAGGCGAACGGCAGUCGGCAGGCGAGAAAGAAGUGCUGACGCCUCGUUUCCGUCCUGUUGCUGACAGGCACGCACCACUACUACUCGCCCAGUCCGCCGCUCUCCCGCGGAUCCUUCACCUCCACUCCAUUCCGAGGAUCUCAUUAGCACGCUCUCCGGCGCGGCGGCGGCCCUUCCUCCGAGACCAGGAGCUCGCCGCCGGAGUCAGUGAGUGAGGGGUACGUGGUCGCCGUCCGUUUCCGACAGUCCGCGGGGCCCGCGGAGCGUAAAGCAAGGACGCAGCCAAGGGAGAGAGGGGGAGGGAAGCAAGUGGAUCUGUGCUAGCUGUUGCGGUAUUCUCCGGAACACUCUCCACCAGGCACAGAGCAGGUGUGCUCAGAAUAUGCAGUCAUCUGCGAUGGCGUUCUUCCCUAGCGUUGCCACGGCGAAGCUGGAGCUGAACUCUCUGUACAGGAAGUACGUGGACAUGUUCGGUGUAUCAUCAAACAACUCUACCGUUGGCUCUCACACCAUCCACAAGAUGUCGCACCUUCCUGUCCUGCUGGUCGAUCGUACAUUCUUCAGCACCGGUACUGCUAUUCAGAGCAUUGCCAUCAGCUAUGGAGCUCUUAUUCGUAGGUGGUUACUGGGCGGAACUUCUGUUGCACAGCACGCGAUGAUAUCCCGUGCUGCUAUGAACUCGCUUCCUUGCUGUGCCUUCCUGCCAUUCUUUGCCAGCGUUGGUGCUCUAAUGACCAAGCUCUGUGGCUGCACUAUGAUUCCAGACCGUUUUUCUGGUUGGCAAUCUGUCCUUGGCCAAAGUGCUAACCUCCGUGGAGAACCAGUUCUGGUCGUGGACAAUAAUGAGCUGGGCAAUGAUCAGACAUUAUCGAGCUUUCUUGGGCGCAAGCGAGAUUACGUCGGUCUCGGUCUAGCGCUUCAGUGCAUCUGUUACCCUGCAUGUCUGAAGGUUGCUGAGUUCCCCCAGAAGAAUCUCAGCUUCAGCAGGCAGUGGAUGCGAAGUGGCCAUGACACGAGCGCAAUCUGGAGGGCCAUGGCGAGGAAUGAGCAAUACCUGGCAUUCGUCGUAGUCCUGGCGGCCUUGCAGCUCUUCCUGCGGCUAGCCCGGGUGAACGUCACCAUCCUGUUCCUGCCAAUGCUGUCCCAGGCCGUGAGUUCCAGGAGCAGCCCAGCGGUGAUCGGCAACGUUCUGCUGGUUCUGGUGACCUCCUGCGGAGUUCUUGGAUCUGCACUCUCAGUGAAACAGUUCGGCCGGGAGGUGACGUUCGCUAUCGGUGCCAUCGUGAUGGUAAUUUGCCAGGUCGCGAUUCCACUGAUCAUGGAAGUCCAGAUCGGGGUUGGCGGAGGAACGCGCAUGCCGGUGGGUUACACGGCCGCGACGUUCGCCCUGACGUGCGUCGUGUCCUGCGGCCUCAGCUGGUCGUGGGGCUCGUUCUUCUGGACCUUACCUGGCAGGAAGGUUCACUCGGCCGGACACGUUCUGGCCGUGGCUCUGAACCUGGGCGUCUGCUUCGCCCAGAUGCGGUACUUCCUGCUGAUGCUGUGCAGGCUGAAGAACGCCACCCUUGCGUACUAUGCGCUGUGGAUCUGGUCGUGAUUGGGAUUCAGCUGAGGGAGAAUGCGUAGCUAGAUGAGUGCGUGUUAACUCUGGUUACUUGAGUAGGAGGCUAGUUUGGUGGAUGUAAAUACUUCUCUUGGCUUGGCUUGUACAGAGUUCUGGCGCUAUUUCUGAUGGCUCCGUAGAUAGCAACUGUAGGGCUUGGUUGCACUUCCUAUGCUAAUGGCUGUUCUACUAACUGUGUGGCGCUCAAUAAAGCUGUUAUGGUUGGCAUGGUCGCUA